AGUUAUUCUGCUACGUCACGUAAACAGGAAAGAAGCGGCCAGUUCAACGACAGAGACUAAACCAAAUAAGCUCCAACUGCAUCGUUGCCCAGUUUUCAAGGAGAACUUUUUUUUUUGAAGCACAUUUCACGGGAUUUGUUGACUAAUCGUCAACCCCGUUGUAAACUUUUGUUACCAUGACAACCUACUUAAUCUAAAAGCAAACUCUGGGCGGGUUGAAUGUGUGGGAUUGUAGUCACUGCAUGUUAUGGAAGAAAAGGAAUUAAGUCUCAUCGACAAGAAUAUUUCAAGCCUGCUGGAGGUUCCCCUGCGUCCCACCAUCACGUCACUCAACCUGCACUGCAACCGCAUCCCAAGGAUCGAGGGUCUGACAUCGGCGUGGCUCUUGAGACAUUUGGACCUCUCCUCCAACUGCAUUGCAAAGAUUGAGGGUCUCGCUUCUCUCACGACCCUGAGGACUUUAAAUUUAUCUUGCAAUGCCAUCACCAAGGUUGAGGGACUGACCGGCCUGGUGAAUUUAACAAAGUUAGACUUGUCCUUCAAUCAGAUAAAUGACCUCAGCGGCCUAUUGCACCUCCACGGCCCCGGACGCAAACUCAAGCACCUCAGUCUCCAUAGCAACCGCCUCGGCAGCAUCGAGCACCUCCUGCAGAGCCUGCUGGGAUUGCAGGGUUUGAGUGAGGUGCUUUUGAGCCACGGCGGCAAGGACAACCCGCUGUGCAAGACGCCAGGUUACCGUGAGAUGGUGAUGCAGUCGUUGCCACAAGUGUCAUUUCUCGAUGGCCUGGAUCGUCUAGGACAGCCGUCAUAUUCCACGGCUGACAGUCCGUGUGACAUACCCGGGCUGGAGAACUAUGUGGACCUCCUCCUACUCUCCGAUGCUGGCAACAAUGAAGUGGAUGCUCUUUUGACCACGCCCAGUACCAGGGAAGUUCUGACCCACUUUGGACAUAGCGUCACCCCUGAAGCCUUUGGCGAUUCAGUGGCAGCACCCGAUGGGCAGGGCAUCCAGCAGCUGCAGCGGAAGGGCCACUCGCUAGAGGUCGACCCAACACCGGCCAUGAAUGAAGAGCAGGUCAAGAAACUGGAGCUGCAGGUGUCUCGCCUUCUUCAGCAGGCUUCUGCAAGGCACAAGUCCAGUCAGCCCAGCCGCUCUGCAGUUAAAGCGCGGGCAGCCACAAAUGACACGGACCGCACAUCGGAAAGCGAUUGUGACAGCGGCAAGGAAAACGGCGCUCGCUCCGCCAUCCCAAAAUAUCGGAAGCCUGCAUCGACGACGACGACGAGCAAGAGAUCAGACAGCGAUCAGGAGAAUCUUAAACAGAGGGUUACAAAGUCUGCCGUCAGGUGGUCUUCCGGCACCGUCAAAGGGGGCGUUGGCGCAUCAGUUCCGAAAAGGAGGGUCACACCGAGAGCCGGCAAGGAGACGAUUGAUGUGAAAACCAAGUCUAGUGAGGAAGAAACCUAUAAGGCUAUCGUGGAGGAGCGGGACCGGGAGAGAGAGAGGCGCUGGAAGGCCCAGCAGGCCGUCACCAAGUUAACGGACGAACUGAAGUGCCUGAAGACCAAAGUCAGCGAGGAGAAAGACCUGCAGAGUAUGGCCAUGCACACCACCGACAGGUACGACAUGCCACAUUGGUUACACUUCCACAAUUCAACGGUGGACUAG